UUUUUCUCCAAAAGCUUCGCCUCCAAUGGCAAUGGCGAAUCCCUCCUCUCGACCACACUAAAUCAUCCCCAACCCCUCCCAAAACCUUCCAUAUAGAUCCUAAUUUUAGUUAGAUAUUGAAAUUUUUUGAAUUGAAUCAUCAAUUUGAUGCAAUGGAGCUGGUAGCGAGUGGAAACAAGCCUUCGAGAUUGCCGAGUUUGCUCGGGCCGGGCUUCCGAUUUCACCCGACCGAUGAGGAAUUGGUGCAGUAUUAUCUGCGGCGAAAAUCCAGCGGCAAAGGUUUCCGAUUCGACGCUAUUACUGAUGUCGAUGUUUACAAGGCCGAGCCCUGGGAUCUCCCAUAUAUGUCAAAGAUGAAGAACAGAGAUUUGGAAUGGUAUUUCUUCAGUUUUCUGGACAAGAAGUACGGCAAUGGAGCGAGAACAAACAGGGCAACUGAAAAAGGGUAUUGGAAGACAACAGGAAAGGAUAGGCCCAUUUAUCAUAAAAGGCAGAUGGUUGGUAUGAAGAAAACUCUUGUGUAUCAUUGUGGACGGGCCCCCAAGGGUCAGAGGAGUAACUGGGUCAUGCACGAGUACAGGCUUGCUGCCUCCGAGUCGGAGACUGCUAAAGUUGCUAAGGACUCGUUUGUUGUCUGCCGAAUCUUUAAAAAGAGUGGCUCAGGUCCAAAGAAUGGUGAGCAGUAUGGAGCACCAUUUGUGGAAGAGGAAUGGGAUGAUGAUGAGUUCGAAUUGGUUCCACAGGACGAAGCUACAAAUGAAAUUGACUUUGGUGAUAAUACCUAUAUGCAAGAACUUAACCAGAUUAUUGAGUCAGAUGUUCCGUUGAACAUGACUCCUGUCAGCUCAGAUGGCAGCCAUGAUUGUGAGGCCAUUGAAACUUAUAACAAUCUGCAGUUUCAGAUUAUUGAGUCAGAUGUUCUGUUGAACAUGACUCCUGUCAGCUCAGAUGGUAGCCAUGAUUGCGAGGCCGUUGAAACUUUUAGUGGUACCCAAAAUCCCUUAGAGUCAGCAGGUGAUAGCUAUUGUCAACCCAGGAUUUGUUAUGACCAGAACAUACCAAAUUGGCCUGCUUCAUAUGAUACAGAGACUAUACCAGUCAAUCACGCGGACCUUGGUGAAUGCAGCAAAUCUGGGAACUCUGAUUCUGCUACCGGUGAUCUUAGUUUCUUGCUUGAUGAACCGUUCCUCGAUUCUUUUGAAAAAUUCCUAAAUGAUGAUGACGGAUUCAUUGAAGCUAAUGAUCUCUCAAAACCCCAUGAAACUAAUACUGGUGGUUUUGAAAUGCUUGCUGAGUAUCUUGAUGCUGGUGAUGAUGAUAGCUCGCUCUACUUUGCUUGCGAUCCUUUUGUGAUCUUCGGAAAUGAGGAUCUUGCUUCCAACCAGGCAUUGCUUCCUCAGAUGAACAUGGGCAAUGGAACCGAGCAAGCAAUGUUGCCAAGUGGGCCACUUAUCGACAAUAAUAACUUCAAUGCUGUGUUUUCACCCGAGAAGCAAGCGUCUACAGAGUCUCAAUCAGAUUUCCAGCAUCCAUAUAUCAAGCAGGCAAGCCGGAUGCUAGGGGACAUCAAUGCACCACCAGCAUACGCUGCAGAGUUUCCCUCCAAAGAUACAAUGCGGCGUCUCAAUUCUGUUGUGCGAUCUCCCAGUUCAGUGCAUGUUAGUGGCAGCACAAUUCAAGUAAGGAACUUGACUAUGGGCGGCAAAGGGACAACAGAUCAGUCCUCUGGCAACCACAAGGACUUCAACAUCGUCCUCUCUUUCGGCUUCUCACAUGCUGAUGACGGUUCUUCGAGUUUGGAUUCGAGUGUUUACAUUGUCCCAGGGAAGUCUGUUGCUGCGAUCUCUCGUGGCUGGCUCUGCUUCAUAUUUUUCUGGAUCCUAAUCUUCUCAAUGAUGAGCUUCAGUGGUCUAUUUGAUGCUAUUCUACAUACAUAACCACAGCCAAGACUAGGCCUGAGCUGGCCGACGCUGUGCGAUGAUCAUUGCAAAAUAUCUCACAUUUCUCCGGGGAGCAUCGUGUCCCCGGGGAGAUCACAUACAGCAAUACCCUCUCCUGUAAGUCCAAACAAAAUCGCAGAACAGAAACCUACCGUCUUAAUUCGAUUCCAAAGGUAGUCGUCGAAUUCCACAUCCUUGACGAGUUCAUAGUCUCCAUCCCCCUACAAACAGAGGAGGAAGACGUUACACAAAGUCGUGUUAAUUAACGAGACGAGCUUGCAAAACACUUACAUUAGAUCUGCAAGGCAUGCUGAAGACAAUGUCGUCUGCUAUACAGUGUAGGCGUCACAAGAGAUCUCAUCGCGUCUACAAUGGAAACAGCGGUCGAUGCAGCUGAUGAUCUUCCCCAUUUCUUAAUGAGAACGCCACCUCUCUGAAAAAUAAAACAUCGAACGAGCUAUGAUCACCGGCUUCGCAAAAUUAGACUAUAGACGAAAUAGUAGAACUCAUCCGAAAAGACUAGUCUAUUAUAACAGAGAGCCUUUUUGGUAAAUCAUAUGUUAUACACAAAUGAUGCGAAGCAAGUUUUCUUGCACUGAAGUCCAUAGCAUAUAUCCACAACUUACCGUUUGGACCUUA